AUGGUUUCUAGGGAGCACAAGAGAUCAACCAUGUAUAGAAAGCUACAACUGCUGCGUUCCAUCACGAACUCUCAUGCACAGAACAAAUCCUUACUUACCUUAGACUCAUCCAAGAACACAGAAAAGUCCAGGCAGAAAGUGGAAAGACUAAAUCAUCAAAAUAUGGCAACGACACAGAUCUCCACAGCCCAAGAUCCAUUGCCUACGGUUAAAGUGGAAGCCCAAGAAGAAGGAUUUCUAAUUGAUGUGCUAUCGGAAAGAAGUUGCACAGGUUUGCUUGUUUUUGUAUUGGAAGCUUUUGAAGAGCUAGGCCUUGAAGUGUUCCAUGCUAGGGUUUUCUGCUCAGACAACUUUCAUCUAGAAGCAGUACUUGGAGGUUAUGAGAAUCAAGGACAAGCUGAGAAGAUAGAUGCCCAAGCAGUGAAGCAAGCAAUUCUACAAGCAAUUCAAAACUGGAGAGAAAGCAGUGAGCAAGAAUAA